ACAUGGAAGCCGAAAGCGGAAGUUGUUCCGGUUGUAUUCUCCUGCACCACAAUUCCUACUGCAGCAAGCGAGUUCGGGGGAAAGAAAUAUUAUCCCCCAACUAAAACACCAAGGAGGUGGGCAACAACACUACUACUGAACCUUCGGAUAUUUACUGAAUAUUUUUUUUUAAGAAAGAACCCCUAUAUACACAUUCAUAUGUAGAUAGAUAGAUUGAUUUAUCUCUGUGUGUAUUUUUUUUAUAGGAAAAAAGGAAAAAAUUUGUAAAUGUCUACAACAGAAAAUUUGUAACAGAGAAAUUUGUAACGCUUCUUCUCUCAAGUUAAAAUCCAUUUGUGGUGAAGAGAAAGAAAUAUAUAGGAAGGAAAAAAAAUUAAGGCAGAAAAUGACAUCAAAACAAGGAAAUCGAACAGAUUGUUUGUUGAACCAUUUGUAGAAAUUUCAUUGAGAAAAACAAAAAGGAAAGAGAAACUAAAACAAUAAUAAUAAUAAUAAGAAGAAGUAAACGGAAUGAAGUGACUGGGAUUAUUAAAAACAAGACGAGCAGACGAAAAGAGGGUAAAAGGAAAAAUAUAUUAGGGAUCUUAGGGAGUAGAAUGAACCAAGUGUCUGUAAAUAUGUGUGGUUGGAAAUACUAAUUAGUAGACCUGUAUGUAAUAAUACGGAAUUAAUUUUAUGAUAAUUAUUAAUUAAUAAUAAGUGAAACAUAGUCUGUGGAUGUGUAGGUUUGUUUGUUUUCUUUUUGAACAAACCCAACCUUGUGUUGUUCUAGGUUAACUUGGCUGGAUGUUCACGUAACCCAUUUACUGGUGUUUAUUUUCUUUUUGCAUUUCUUCAUUCUAUAUAUAUUAUAUUAUAUUAUAUUAUAUUGAGUGGUGACAAGGCUAUUUUCUAUUGCUUUGCCAUUCAAGCACCUUUUCCAUUCAUGUAUAUAUAUAUUAACUAACCCCCCCAAGUGGAAAACCAAAAAAAAAAAAUAUAGAAAAAAGAGAACAUCAACAGCAAACUGCUCAACAAUGUUUAAUGAAAACCGGAUGAUGUUUUCCUUCUCUUCAUUAUUAUUACUAUACACAGCAUUUGCUGGUCUUUUUAUCACAUAUAUCUCAUUCACUACGUGACUGCAGUGGCCUUCGGCCACAUUUUCACACCACCCGUCUUCUGCAAACUGAUAUAAAUUACAGAAAGAAAAUCAGAAAGAACCAGUUUCAAAAGCUAAAGCGAAAAGAUUAAUCCAGAACCAUGGCAACAAUUGAAAAACUUGUAAGAUCCUUUGAGGCCCUGAAGGUUUUCCAGCCUGUAGGGGGCAGUGCUGAAGAACCUACCAAGAAAAAGGAACCCCUUCCAAGUAAAAAAGACAAAAUGAUCAAUUGUAAUGUGAUGGCGGAUUGUAUCUGCGCACCAAAUAUGCGAUCUAUAGCAGAUUUUCCUAAGUUCCUUGGAAUAGCUAUGGAAACAUUUCUAAUGCUCUGUGAUGAUCCUGAAGCUGAUAUUCGCAUGGUUGCUGAUGAAUGCCUCAAUAAAACAAUUAAGACUUUGUUAGAAACAAACUUGGGCCGUUUACAGGUGGAACUGUACAAAGAGAUCAAGAAAAAUGGACCAUCUCGAAGUCUUAGAGGAGCACUUUGGAGAUUUGCAGAUAUGUGCCAUUUGAUACGUCCUCAGAAAUGCAGGCCAUAUAUUGUCAACUUGCUGCCCUGCAUUGCACGGGUUUGUAAGCGUGAAGAAGAGGCCAUUCAAGAAACCCUUGCAGCUUCCAUGCAGAAAAUAUGUCCUGUACUUAUGGCUUUUGCAAAUGAUUCAGAAGUCAAAGCAUUACUAAAGAGUUUUCUACCAAAUUUGAAGUCUUCGUCUGCAUCAACCCGGCGUACAGCAGCUUCAAGUCUCUCACUGAUCUGUCAGCAUUCACACAACCCUUUGUCUUUCAUAAACAGAUUAGUCAUUAUGCUACUAGAUUUAAUUCUUCCUGUCGAUGAAGAACACGAAGUCCAUUAUUUACUUGGCGUUCUUCUCGCAAUCCGGAACCUAGUCCCUUAUUUAACUGGCCCUGAAAGGGACCUUGGCUUGAAAGGAAGCUUCGGUCUUGUACAUAAAGGCAGCAGUGAAAAACACGUGAAAGUCAACAUUAGACAAAUCCUUCAGGUGUACGAGUUGUUGUUAUACUUCACGGGUCAUACUGACCACAACGUUGCCACUGCUGCCCUUGAAGGUCUUCAUCAAUUAAUCAAAACGCCACCACCUCAGCUAAUUCCCAUCUUAGUGAACAAGAACACCAUCAAGCGGUCAUCAGUUUACUCCAACGAUCUAAGCACAGUCUAUACACGACCUCGGACUCAGAGUGGUUUGGAGCGUUUUCCAUCGGUCAGUGAUGAUGUUGGUUUGGAAGAAGAUCAAUCUGCAGCUGAAAUUUACAGUCAAAUCACGACGUCCGAAGACUCAUCUGGCUUCGCAUCUGAUUUUGCUUCCUCGACAAGUCAAGUGGAUGAAGCAGGAAGUGCGCAUGCCAGGAGUGGUAGCAAUAGGUCGAAUAAUGUGUGUUUCAAUGCCGACCUUGAUGAAGAACUGCCCAAUGAAGGAACAUUCUCUACAGAUUUAGAAUCCACUGCAGCAGCAUCUGUCGGCUCCUUCAGUGAAAAUACUCUCGAUCCAGUGAUCAUAACGAUGGAAAACGCUUACACGAACGUUGAAAUUGGAGACUUGAAUGAGGAGCGAUCUGAACGCUCGACCCUUUCUCACAGCAGCAGUGUAGAGACUUUGUUGAGCAUCAAAAGCCUGAGCCCUAAACACCGGCCCCCUCUACAAAAGGGAGUCAGCCAGGACUUGAAUGGAAACCCUGAAUAUGAUAAUGCAUUGACGAUUGACACAACUUCGCAUGAAUCAGCAUCACCGUCUCCCAUACCAGCAGUGGUAGUCGUAGUUGAUGAUGUACCCCCUGGUGUGGGACAUUAUUGUGAUGGCGAGGUUCCUUUAGUCUACUGUAUACGUCUCUUAUGUCGUCGUUUCUUACUCUCUGGUACACCUCAGGGUCUAAUUUCAGACAAGACUGUCCGUGUCAGUGUGAAAACUUUAGCCCUUGGUACGAUUGGCAAUGCUAUUUCUUUAUUUCCUCGAAUCUUACUCCACAAUGUGUUUGUUGAAAAUCAUCAGUGUCGAGAGAGUCAGUAUAUCAGUGAUGUGUUACUUUUUGCCAACCACCCCGAUCCACAGUUAAAGGGAAACACUGCAGUGAUUGUGGCAAAUUUACUGCGCAGUGCUUUGAUUGAAGGGCAAGGAGAUUUCCAGAAGUGGUUGGAACAUAACAGUUCAUCCCUCUCAGAGAAAGCAUUAUCGUAUCCUUCCGUCGUUGAUCUUGUUCAAGUAAUAUUGAACAUCAUUGAAGACGAAUCGUCGAUGGCAGCUCGGCAAGGCCUUCUUGCUCUUCAAGUGUGCUUGUCGAACCUCAUGGUCUCCGCUCAUUCAGAUCUGUGUAUAAAUAUUCUACUGAAAUUGCUGCCUAUCAUAUCAAAUCCUUACUGGCUCGUUAAGGUUGAACUUCUGGAACUUGUGUCAAAAAUAAACUUUAAAAUUGUUUACUAUUUACAAAGUGUGUGUUUACCAAGACGAGCACAGGAGGAUAAAUAUCUUGGGAAAUUUAGUUUGCAGACAACUUUCCUUGAAGAUGCCGUUUUAGCCCUGUUGGGUGAUGAAGACUGCCGAGUUCGGCAUUGUGCUGCAGUAUCAUUGGUCAAGAUGAUACCUAACCUGUUUUUUGCGGUUGAUUGCCCUAUGCAAGAUCCAGUCAUUACAGUGGCCAAGGAUUACACUGACAGUUAUUUUACACCAAUUGUACAUGACUGGGCCCAAGAGUCACCUCCGACAGUCCUCGGACUCGUCAAGCCUUUUAAUUUCAACGCGAACAUCCCAGUGCAUCCCUCAGUGGAAUCUAGCCUGUCCAGAGUGAUCACUGCCAUUAAAUCUCUACUGCGCAAAUGUCAAUGCAAAUACCUCAGUUAUGGCUGUUGUCAUGCCUUAUCCCUGUUAUCAGAACACUACCUGCCUACAUCACAUUCCUUUGCUUGGAGCUGUGCACCCCCCUUGCCUGUGCUCACCAAGGAUGGAGAUCGACCGAUGGCUAGGCAUGGUGUUAACCGAAAAAGACUUAGUUCUGCAUCGAGCUUACGGACACCAAGUACAGAUGAUGACAACUUUCUCUGUGGUGGUGGCCCACUAGCCUUGACUUUGUCCCUGCUGUGUUCGUCCCCACUAGCCCUUGACUUGUCUGCACACCAGGAUACCUUGUUAUUGGCUGGAAAUUUACUUUCAGGUACUGCCUAUAGGUGUCUCCGUUCGGCAGAUGAAACAAAUAACCUGUGUGGAGUAGACGAUGGCAAGUGGCUGUGUGUUUCCGAUCGACAGCUUGUUCCUCUUGUUGACAUUCUCUUGACUCACAUUGCCAGACUGUUAAACGCCUGUACUCAUGUGAUAGAUGACAUAACACCUGGACCUCCCCAAAUUAAACCUUCCCUCCCAUCGUUGCCUACUGCUCCUUCCCUUAGUCCAAUCAAGCGGAAAGCCAAAGGAGAUAAGGAUGGCUCAGGGCCAUCAGUACUUCUUGGAUCAACCAUUGAUUCCAAAGCUUCAGCAAAAUCCACACAAAAAGAACGAGAGAAAGAAGUUGAAAGGGAAAAAAAUCGUAAAGAAGGACUUGGAACUUUCUACAAUCUACCUCAAUAUAUGAGAGUUUAUGAUGUAUUAAAAGGUGCUUACUCUAACUACAAGAUCUCUCUGGAUUUGAAUGUAUCAGACAAAUUUGGCAGCUUAUUGAAAGUAGCACUGGAAGUGUUUGCUAAAUUACUGGAAAUUUCCUCGCUCUUCGACAUUGGAAAAUAUGCAGAAGAAUUUCUAACUUAUUUGAAGACAACAUUUUCAAUGGAGGCCACAAGCACUGUUCUCUGUGUUCAACAGCUGCUGAAAGCACUCUUUGGUACGAACCUGUCUAGCCAGUGGGAGCUUCCCCAAAACUUGAACUGUUCCCAUCUACGGCAUGGGAAAAGCAGUCGUUUGUCGACCAACAUGAAACCUGGCUUAUACCAUUGCUGCUUUACACAUCCCUAUACUCAGUUCACUCAGAGUCUGGCAGGAGCUGCUUUCAGAAGUGGUCAGGCAGACCAAGAGGACAGUACAAAUAGCCUUGCCUGGUUUAAAAAACGAAUUGAACGGAAGACUCCUGCCAUAUUGAAACCUGGUAGCCGUACCGACAAGUCUUCAAUUGCAUGGUACAUCCGAUUGUUUGAGCCGCUGGUCAUCAAGGCUCUUAAGCAGUACACUGUGACCAGCUCUCUGCCACUGCAGACUGAAGUGCUGGGUUUGUUGUCCCAGUUGGUACAGUUGAGGGUCAAUUACUGUCUUUUGGAUUCUGAUCAGAUUUUCAUUGGUUUUGUCAUAAAACAAUUUGAAUACAUCGAAGAAGGGCAGAUAAGAUAUUCCGAAAGUCUAGUACCCCACAUCUUCCAAUUUCUGGUGAUGCUCUCAUAUGAAAAGUUCCAUACCAAGCCAAUCAUUGGUAUUCCUAAAAUAAUACAACUCUGUGAUGGAAUCAUGGCAAGUGGCUUACAGCCUACAACACACGCCAUUCCAGCUCUACAACCUAUAGUCUAUGAUUUGUUUCUUCUGCGAGGAACCAACAAAAGUGAUGGCGGCAAGGACUUAGAAACACAGCGAGAAGUUGUUGUUUCAAUGUUACUGCGGCUGAUAAAUUUCUAUCAAGCGCUGGAGAUGUUUGUCAUCAUUUUGCAACAGUGCAGGAAAGAAAAUGAAGAUAGAUGGAAACGCUUGUCAAGACAAGUCACUGAUAUGGUUCUGCCUGCUUUGGCUAAGCAACAAGUGAAUCUAGACAGUUUGGAGGCAUUGGAUGUUCUUCACCAUCUCUUUGAAUCAGUGGCACCAAGUGUUUUUCGGCCUGUCGAUAUUCUGCUGAAAACCUUAGUGGCUAAACCAGCAGAUGUAUCGAGUGUCACCGGUCUGCAGCGUUGGCAGUGUUUAGUUCUGUCGUUGCUGCGUGUGAUUAUAUCCCAGUCAAAGGAGGAAGUGGUGCUAUCACGGCUCGAGGAGCUGUGCCUGUCCGUUUGUAUCUUGAAGCGAAACCCAGACUAUGUGGUGGUCCCUCAGGUCGAAGAAGAGAUGGAGGAAGAUCAAGAAAGAGAAGGGGCUGAAGUUUUGGCUAAAGAACUGCCUCAGGCACUUCCACCUGAAAACACAGUUGCCAGGUUCCUGUUUCAAGUUGCUGGUCUUGUUGCUGAUACUAUCAGCCAGAAAGUUAGCAAUCUUACAUUCCUUGAAGGCGGCCAGAAUAUAGACUUCCUUUGCCAACAGUUGUCCCAUUUGCUGUUGUUUGUGACUCAUAUGUUUCAGUCAGGUCUAUUCAGACGGGUAGCAACAGCUGCCAUGGGAAUUGUCCAAGAAGAGGUCGAGCCCUUCAUGUACAGUAUCGAGGAGAUAAACCAAAGUUUCUUGUGCCUCGGGGUCAGCUUCCCGACGAUCACACUGCAGUGGUGCAACAUUCUAAUCUUGCUCAACUCUUACGAUCCUCACUGGUGGAGCGCAAUCAUGCAGACACCAAACAAAUUCAUUAUUCCAAGUCCCAGCCACCAUCUGUCAGUAAUGCCUGACAUUCCAAGAACACCAGUUCACAGUUGCAAUGUUGAGAUUGUCCGACGUGGAGCGCUGGUUCUCUUCUGUGAUUAUGUGUGUGAGAACUUGACAGAUGCUGAACACAUGACUCAAUUAAUUAUCAAUCAUGUUAACGAUCUGGUGGAACUAUCACAUGAAUCUCCUGUACAAGACUUAGUCAGUGCAAUUCACCGAAACUCUGCCGCCAGUGGCCUCUUCAUCCAAGCUAUACAUUCCAGGUUCGAGAACUUGACUAAGCCAUCUCUUGUGAAGAAAACUCUGCAGUGUUUAGAAGCGAUUCAUCUGAGCCAGAGCGGUGCACUUUUGACUUUGCUAAUUGACAAAUUCCUGCACACCCACCAUUUAUCUGUGGCCCGCAUUUGUGACAGUAUUGCCUGCAGAAGACUCGAGACACUUCUUGCAGAAGUGGUUGAAGAAAGCAGUAACCAAUUGCCAUUAGAAGACUUGGAGAAACUAGUGCAGUUCAUAAAAAACAAUGGACUGGCUAAACGUCAUGCACGGUUGGCCUCUCUUCUGAGCAAAUUCCAUCAAGUUCUCUGCCCAACCAACAGCUGUAAUUUAUCUCCUGAAAGAACACACCCGUUAUCUUUACCAACACCACCUGUUGCAGAUAUCACCGUCGACAAGGAAUGGUAUUUAUCUGUUGUUAAGGAUCAAUGUUUUGGCGCAGAACCCAACACAAGAGAAUGUGCCCUGCUCUUACAAAAACUUGACUAUGCUGAUAUAUUGACAGUUAUCAUGGCCAAGGAGUUCAGCCCUUCUAUUUUGAAAGAGUGUAUCUCUUUAGGCACCUUAUGCACUCUUGAACAACACCGGAUGGACGAGAUGUCAUCAUGUUUACGUGGUGAACCUGUGAAUAUGUCUCGCUCAUCCGAAGUCACAUACGAACCACUGUUCCAGGCUGCCCAGCUCAUGCUCUUCCGACACAUUAACAGCGUGAUUAAUAUGCUCCCUGUUCCACACCAGGUCCUUGUUGAUUUCCCCCCUCCUGGAAUUCCAAUGAGUCCUCGUGAGAUCCAAUACCAGGAGAAGAUGGAGGAUUUCUUUAUAGAUGCUGCCUGGAUGGAUGCUGUGUUCCAGUUUGCUGCCUCACUGCUGCAGUAUCUGCAGUCGUUGAUGUUGUUUCCAUGGCAGCCGGCAGUGCCUCAGGAGUCACAGACAGACGUCUGUCGGUUUAUCAUACUAACACUAGAGAUGAUAAAUUGGCUCGUUCAGCAUUCUACACUUCCUCCAUCAAACCAAAUCCAAAUAGCUCUCGAAGGCCUCUCUGUGGUAUUGCAGAACCCGCAGCUUGCUAAUGUGGUCGGACAAAAAGAUCACAUAAGCUGGGUUUGCACUUGUGUGAAGACUGUAUAUCGUUUGUUAGAAUCCUUAAUGGUUCUCCCUGGUAUGAAACUGGCCAUUCUGCCCAACCAAGAUGUCCAUGAUGAUCAGCCAAAACAGAGUUUUGAUGAUUACCACCACGUGGUUGUGUCCUGUGAUCAUAUAUCUGAACUGGUGCAUUGUCUGCGCUCUCAUCUCAGCCUCAGUUGCCAAAUGGAUCAACAUCUGCCACUCUUUUUGAUUGCUCCCAUUCGUAAAAUCAUCGUUGGUCUUGCCCGGCUACCUUUGUUGAACAGUUAUGCUCGAACACCACCCCUUGUCUGGAAGAUGGGCUGGAUGCCCUCACCAAGUGGGGAGAUGCGGACCAAGUUACCUCCAUUACCGUUAGACUAUCUGCUGGACAAGGAAGUCCUGAAAGAGUUUGUCUUCAGAGUCAAUUCUUUAGGUUGGAUUAGUCGACAACAGUUUGAAGAAACCUGGAUGAGUUUGUUGGGUGUGGUUAGUUCUGCACCCUCCAUGGAAGAGGAACAUCUUUCUCCUGAGGAAGAAAUGGAAAGAUCGCAAGCAAUGGUUUUGGCUGUGAAAGCUAUAACAUCCUUAUUAGUACAAUCUAUGUUGACACCUUCUCCUGGCAAUCCUUCUAACAGUCGCUAUGAAAUGGCCCCACGGGAUAAACCUUUAGCAUUUCUCCAUACAAAAUGUGGGAAGAAGCUUGCCACACUCCGUGGCUUCAUUGAACAACACAUACAGCGUAUAUGCAGCUCAAAUCCUGUGAGCAGUAAUUCCAGUUCCAGAAAUGGCCACCCUGAUUCAUCCUUCCUUCAGAUGCUUGAGGUAAAUCUUGAGAGAGAAAUCGGAGAAGAAGAACUGAUGCUUGGCCAGAUCUCCAUCGAUUCAAUAUGGACCAUAGUGGGAAUGCUAGAGAUGAGUCUGUCCGAAUCGGACAGUCCGGAGUCUAUGGAGAGUCCGCCUAUCCAACGUAAGAAGCAGACACCAUCGACGACAGACGGAGGCCGGGAAAGGUCAAUUUCAGUCAGUGGCCUUGACAUCCAUUCCUGCCUUCAGUUUUUGUUGGAGCUCUAUGGUCAGUGGCUUUCUCCAACUGCAAAACCAAAGCCUCCUCCGAUGUUGGUCAAUGCUGUGGUCAAAUCAAUUGUAUGUUUGUCUGAUCUCUUCACUGAACGCUUCCAGUUUGAAUGGAUGUUGGAAACUCUAUUAGACGUGCAGAAGGUGCACCCUGCAGAAGAUGAACUGGUAUUGCAAUACUUGAAUGUUGGUAUUUGCAAAUCUGCCGGUCUUGUCGGAGUUGAAUGCCAAGCAGCUGACAGACUGUUUAAAAUGCUUGAUGCUGGCCUGAAGAGUACUCAUCUACCGAGUAAGACACAUGCACUCCACGGCAUCCUAUACAUUUUAGAAGCUGGGAUUAUAGAUCUUACUAAGCAGAUUAUUCCAAUGGUCACAGACUUCCUCCUGCGACACCUUGCAGUAAUUUCACAAGCAAGUAUCACCAGCCAGCAAUUCGUAUUAACUCUGUGGGCGACUGCUUUCUAUAUAUUAGAGAACUACCAAGAAGAGCUGCAUGAUACUGACAUCCCCAUCAAAAUCCUUCAGUUGGCCGUCAAUGCUGCCUCAAGUAAUGAAGAAAGUACUUGUGUAUCUGUGUAUCUGGCCAUCCUUCGGGGACUGGAGAGGCUGUUGUUGACCGCCACGCUCUCAAAACCAGAUGCAGAAACCAUUAUAAAAUUAAGCAUGGAUAGGUUAUGCUUACCAAGUCCUCAGAGGGCACUGCCUGCAUUAGGACUAAUGCUUACAUGCAUGUACUCAGGCAAGCAGUUUGAACAAUUUAGCCCUACUCCACGUGAUACUGUGUUCAACUCCUCCAACUCCGAUCCGGACUAUGUUGUUGUCUACCAGGAUCCUGAGACCCUUAUACUGGCAAUGGAAAGAAUCACUGUGCUGUUUGAUCGAAUUCGUAAAGGUUUUCCAUAUGAGGCAAGCAUUGUGACCCGUAUCCUGCCCGAGUUUCUGGCCGAUUUCUUCCCACCUCAAGACAUCAUGAACAAAGUGAUUGGCGAGUUCAUUUCCAGCCAGCAGCCUCACCCACUGCUCAUAGCAAAAGUAGUCUUUCGGGUAUUUUAUCAUUUACACCAACAGAAUCAACAAGUCCUUGUCCGGGAUUGGGUUAUGUUGUCUCUGUCGAAUUUCACUCAAAGGACUCCUGUUGCCAUGGCAGUGUGGAGCCUCACCUGUUUUUUCAUCAGUGCCUCUACAAACCAUUGGCUAAAAGCUCUAUUUCCACACGUUCUUGGACGAAUGGGAAAAAUGGAGACGAUGGACUGUAAACUUUUCUGCCUAGCUGCAUUGGACUUCCGCCGGCAGCUGGACGAAAACCAGGAGCGCGCUUUUCACUCUACAUUCCAGUAUGUUGCUCAACCAGAUAGCCCCUACCAGGAGCUGCUGUCAUGUUGUGGUACAAACUCUUAGCAGUGUGUGUAAAUAUAUAUAUAUAUGUAUAUGUACGUGUGUAUGUAUGGCAGUGUGUGCGUGCGCAAGUGUAUCUGUGUGUGUGUGCAUGUAUGUCUUCAUGCAUAUAUAUCUA